AUCGACACCAACAUUUUCAUCACCAUCAAACAGCUCUUAGGCGCUUCUAGCAGCAUCGUACGUCGAUGAAGCGCAACCUUCGCUAACCGACGAGUGUUGGAUGCCCCAGCGUCGAAGCGCAUCAGACAGAAAAAAUGCCACCAACCAUCCGGACCGCGUCGCCGACGCUCGCCAUCAACCUCGCCGCGCCUCCCAACUGGUCUUUCGCUGCGGAUGACACCAUAAUCGGCAGCGUCACACGCCAGCUUGCGCUCGUCGCCCCAGAGGCAACCGUCACCGUCCGUCUUCUGGGUCGCGUCAAGGUGAAAAUCACAGUGAGCCGUGGCAACAACCGGCACGAUGUCUACCGCAGCCGCGUCAACUUCUUCACAGCAGCACCAGCGGAGACGCAGCGCGUCGUCUUCCACGGGCCAGUGCACAUUCCGCAGGGCGGCGAUGCGCAAAGUUGGCCCUUCACGUUGACGAUUCCCACCUCGCCCAUGAUUGCCAACGGCCACGGGAUACCGCCGGAAUGCAGCUUCCUGCGCUUAACGCCGGAGGAGACGGCGAAACACCCGUUGCCGGGGACCUUCACCUCAUCGGAUCACGGGCUCUCCACUAGGUCGGAGUGCUACGUUGAGUACUACCUCGAGGCGACGAUGCGCUUCGCUCACAAGGGGUCGUUUUCGGUGGCCACGGCCACGCAGCCCAUCGUUAUCAGGCACCCUAGCACGGCUCUGCCGAUCGUCGACUUUCACCCGAUGCAGAAACCGUGGCCUCGCUCCGUGCGGUCCUAUCGCCUGAUUCCCGGGCAGGAGUCGGCGGAUCUGUCUUUCAAGCAAAAGAGCCAGAAGUUCUUUGGAUCGUCCAAGGUCCCGCAGUUCAACUUCAGGCUGCAUGUCUGGGUACCUUCGAUCAUUCAGCUGGACAAUCCGCUUCCUCUGCCCAUUCAGCUACUUGUCGAACCGGCGCCACAACAGACGAGCGCGGAGAUCAAGGACGUGGUUCAGACCGUCACGCUGAAUCAUAUCAAGGUGACCGUCAAGGCAACUACUCUUGUGUUGGCCCCAGGAAACUGGUCCGGCAGCCCGCACGACGACAAUCACCGCAGCAGCGCCAAUCUCGGAAUAGAAUUGAUAUUUGCGCGUCUGGGUGAGACAAUCAACAUCCCCUCUGCCCCAGGUGAUGCGCCAAUCGAUAUUGGCCGACGCCUUCAGUUGCGUCUGUCUUCGCGUGGCCUCUGUACCGGAGACCAGCUUGUCACGACUGCGCAAUACCUGCGUCCGGGCUUCGUGACGUACAAUGUUCGGCACACAAACAGCUGGAAGUGGUCAAUACAAUACACAAUAGCAGGCGAAAAGCAGAAGCUCGAGUUCGAGGUCCCCAUCGAAAUCCUGCACCCGCCCGUCGGGCGGGUACCUCAACAGCCCACGCCCGUCGAACAGCCCGUUGCACCACCAGCCUACGCACCUCCGCCGUCUGAGGCAGCACCUUUAAGUGAUAUAAAGACGGCUGAACCUGGACCGCUGCAAAACAAAGAGAAGGCCUAGAUGCAAAUUGGGGCAUUUAUCAUCGCGCGCGGAGCGUAAUUUGUCACCUGGAGGGUCAGGCCGUCACAGCCAUCAUCGGAUCGAGUCUCCCAAGCCAGC